ACGUGCGAGUUCCUUUGAAACGACAUCGCAGGGAAACUCCAACGCGAAUUUGUCAAAUUGUGAUCUCAUCCCGAUUUAUCUCUCUGAUCGAAAGCGUUCAUGUUCUAAAGGUCGUCGAGAAGAUAUAUAAAGUUGAAGAUCAUAUUAAUCGAGCACUGACCGCUGCAUAAUCGGAGAUGAUUUGGGUGAAAUUGUUUCUGUGAAGAUAGAUUUGGCCACACUAUAUCGAACCCGUUUUAUCGAAGAGAAUAAAUUCAUAACGAGGGAGCAUCGGACACACGCCAUUGAAUUCUGUAAAAACAGUCCGAAAAUCGAGCACGCGAAAAGCCCAAUGGUUGUCGUCCAUCCCUUCUCCAAGGAGAUGGCCAUUCGCAAAAGAAUCGCCAGCAUAUCCAAUUAGGGGAUUAGUUUUAGAUUGGGAAAAAUGAGUUCAAAUCAUUGAAGGGGUUACUCAAGGGCUCUUGUACCUUCAAGAGUACUCAAGAUUGACAAUAAUUCACAGGGAUUAAUUUGAAAGCGAGCAACAUUUUGUUAGACAACGAGAUGAAGCCGAAGAUUGCUGAUUUUGGCAUGGCUAGAAUUUUUCAGAAAGAUGAAUUUGAAGCUAACACUGGCCGUUGGAAUGUAUGGUUACGUACCUCCCAAAUAUGUAAAAUGUGGCAUAUACUCCACCAAAUCAUAUGUUUAUAGGUUCGGAGUUCUUCUUCUACAAAUCAUUAUCGGAAAGCGGAAUAAUUGUUCACAUGGCCUUCAUGAAGACUUAAACCUCUUAGACUAUGCAUAUGAUUUGUGGAAGUGUGGGAAAGGCAUGGAGUUCAUGAAUCCGUUGCUCGAUGAUACAAAUUCAUCCUGUAAAUUAGUGAGACGCAUGCAAAUAGCUUUGCUAUGUAUCCAAGAGAAUCCAGCUAAUAGACUCUCCAUGUUGGAACUCUCGUCAAUGCUGAAAAAUGAAACUACUACCAUAAUCACCCCCAAAAGACCUGCUUUUUCUACGAGAAGAGCAAGAUGAAGAUGAAGCUCAAGAGUCUACAUCUCAACAAGAAAUUUGGUUAGUUGGUGAUGUAUCCAUUACCCAAAUGGUAGCCCGAUGAAAGUUAAUUCUCCUUUUUUGUCUUGACUAGAGUAAGCCCCGAAACAGUUCAUUUUUUCGCUAGGAUUUUGCUUCUGGUGUCAUAUCUUUCUGAAAUUUGGUAAAUAUGAUUAUUCCUAUCCCUCUGUGUAUAUUGCCAGAAAUACAACUUGUCUUGCUUC